GUUUUCUUCCUCUAGCUCACAAAAUCCGACAAAGAUUCCAGAUCAAAGCAAUGAAUGACUGCUGGUGAUUUGAGCCAAUGAGGUUAUCGCCGCCGUUGACUAUUUCCAUCACUCUGUUUGGGUUCUGAGAUAUGGAUUGCUAUGACCCGAGUUCCUUUGUUAUGCCUAAUUUACCUACCAGAAGUGGGAUGAACAAAUGCAUAUAUGUAAAAUGAAUGUUGAACUAACGCCGGAUGAGUCACCUAAUUCCUAUAUAUAUGUUGACAUGUUAGAUAACUACUCUCAGGAUAUCAUACAUCUAGAUCGAUCAACUCAGUCUCCAAGACUCCAAAAGUCUCAUUUAGCUACUCUUCCCCUUCCACACUGGCGAGAUUGCAAAACCCUUUGUCGUAGCAAUGGCAAUCUCCUCCAAAAGCACCGCGAAGUCACGCAUUCGUGACGCAGAACCCAAAGACAUCGAUACCAUAACAACAGGCAUGAUCACGUCCCUAAGCUCCGACGCCAUGUGGCGAUAUCGAUUUGCGCAUCGAGAGAGAUAUCCCGAAGAUCUACUCAAAUAUGCUCGACUCUACAUUGAGCUUUUGGUAUCUGGAUCUUUUGCCGACUACGCGACUCUGAUUGUGGAGGUGGAAGAGGGUUCUAGCUGGAACGUAGCUGCUUUUUCUAUAUGGGAUAUCUCGUAUGAGAAUAAGCGUGUAUAUGCAGCCAAGGGGGAAACUUAUACGUCCCUAGCACGUAGGUCUCUUCCCCUUUCAAGCCCAAGAACUAUAAGUUAAUCCCGUCAAGCGUACGAAGCAAUGGAGGCAGCUGGGGUAAAAACUCGAAAAGACACAGACCCCAUUUAUGACGCAGCUUUUUUGAAAGUUAUGAGUGAUGCACGAAAGGAUUUUACCGCCAUGUUUGAAGGUAAUGAGAUGUAUCUUAGCUUGAUAUGCACUCAUCCGGAUUUUCGCCGUCGAGGCUAUGCUACUCAACUUUUGAAAUGGGGUAUUGAGAGAGCAGAACGUGAUAAUGCACCUCUUGUUUUAGUAGCGAGUCCAAUGGGGGAACCGACCUAUCUUGCUACAGGAUUUGAGGAGUUGGGAAGGGUUGAUGUAGUUGUUGAGGGCGAUUAUGAGAAGCAGGAGAUUGUGAAAAUGAUUUACAGACCUAGAAAAUAGAAAGUUAGGAAAGUUUGAGUCGAAAAAUAAAUGACAACUAUUAUAGAUCAUUCUUCUGCCAUCUCAAGUCAGACUCUAAAUCCAGAUCAAUGGAUACACCAGGGAAGUUAUAAAGUGCCAAGGAGACUAUUCAAUUGUGUAUCUAUGUGC